CUUACUAUAUAAACCGAACAGUUUUUUCCCACGGUUGCGGUGCAGUCCCCCGUCUGUCUGCCCUCACUACUUUUUUUUUUUUAACAAAAACACCAAAAAAAUUCAUUCUCUGUUCAUCGUCGUCUAUUUUUCUCGACGAUUUAUCACUCUCUCUCCUCGAUUUAUCCCCCAAAAUCUCAAAAAUUAACUAAAUUAUUUAUAGGGUUUGUUAUCAAUCAGAGUCAAUUUCUAGGGUUUUUGUGUUUGAUUUUUUGUAACCUAGAAAACAUAUUAUCAGUUUUGUUAGAGGAGAGAUUGAGAGAGAGUAAAAUAUUCGGUUGAAAUUUUUGAUUUGAUUUGUUAGUGAUGGCUCAAGUUCAGACUCCGGCUGCGGCAUCGGUUGCGACUGGUCCGAAUGGAGUGGCGAAUCCGAAUGCUGUCGCCGCCACCGGUGCUAGUAAUGGUGCUGGUAGCGCUGGGGCGUUUGUGACUACCUCGCUUUACGUCGGUGACCUUGACUUCAACGUGAAUGACUCGCAGCUUUACGAUCUGUUUAACCAGAUUGGUCAGGUUGUAUCUGUUCGGGUUUGCAGGGAUUUGUCUACCCGCCGAUCUCUUGGUUAUGGUUAUGUCAACUUCAGCAAUCCUCAAGAUGCUGCAAGGGCAUUGGAUGUGUUGAACUUCACCCCUCUGAAUGGAAAGUCUAUAAGAGUCAUGUACUCUCACCGAGACCCUAGUAUUCGUAAAAGUGGGUCUGGGAAUAUCUUUAUCAAGAAUUUGGACAAAGCCAUUGACCACAAAGCUUUGCAUGAUACAUUUUCUUCCUUUGGGAACAUCCUGUCAUGCAAGAUAGCUACUGAUUCUAAUGGCCAGUCUAAGGGAUUUGGGUUUGUUCAGUUUGAUGCUGAAGAAGGUGCUCAAAAUGCCAUAGAGAAGCUAAACGGAAUGCUGAUCAAUGAUAAACAAGUGUAUGUUGGGCAUUUUGUUCGAAAGCAGGAAAGGGAUACUAAUUUGGGUGGAACUAGAUUCAACAAUGUCUAUGUGAAGAAUCUGUCCGAAUCAACUACCGACGAUGACUUGAAAAAUGCUUUUGGUGAAUAUGGACCAAUCACCAGUGCUGUGGUGAUGAGGGAUGCAGACGGGAAAUCAAAAGGUUUUGGUUUUGUUAACUUUGAUAAUGCGGAAGAUGCAGCCAAUGCAGUUGAGGCAUUAAAUGGUAAGAAAUUUGAUGACAAAGAGUGGUAUGUGGGGAAGGCGCAGAAGAAAUCUGAAAGAGAGCAGGAGCUUAAGGGAAAGUUUGAGCAAACCAUGAAGGAAGCUGCUGACAAGUACCAGGGUGCCAAUUUGUACAUCAAAAACUUGGAUGAUACAAUUGAUGAUGAGAAGCUUAAGGAGUUAUUUGCAGAGCAUGGAAAAAUUACGUCUUGCAAGGUUAUGCGUGAUCCUAGUGGAAUAAGCAAGGGUUCUGGCUUUGUGGCAUUUUCAAGUCCUGAAGAGGCUUCUCGAGCUCUUGCCGAGAUGAAUGGAAAAAUCAUCGUCAGCAAGCCAUUGUACGUUGCCCUUGCACAGCGGAAAGAAGAAAGAAGAGCUCGCUUACAGGCUCAGUUUUCACAAAUGAGGCCAAUUGCUAUGGCACCUUCUGUUGGUCCCCGAAUGCCAAUGUAUCCUCCAGGACCUCCUGGUAUCGGACAACAGAUUUUCUACGGUCAAGCACCUCCUAUGAUCCCUCCACAAGCUGGGUUUGGCUAUCAACAGCAGCUUGUACCUGGAGUUAGACCUGGAGCAGCUCCAAUGCCAAACUUCUAUGUGCCAUUUAUGCAGCAGGGGCAGCAAGGUCAACGUCCAGGGGGUGGAAGACGUGGUUCAGGUCCUGUGCAGCAAAAUCAACCGCCUGUACCUAUGAUGCAGUCACAGAUGCUUCCGAGGGGGCGUGUUUACCGUUACCCACCUGGGCGUAACAUGCCAGAAGUCCCAAUGCCUGGGGCUAUGCUUCCUGGAUAUGAUAUGGGAGGUAUGCCUUUGCGUGAUGCGGGAAUUGCUCAGCCUGUGCCCAUUACUGCAUUAGCCACUGCUUUGGCAAAUGCAUCACCCGAGCAGCAAAGAACGAUGCUUGGAGAAAGCUUGUAUCCCCUUGUGGAUGCCAUAGAGCAUGACAAUGCUGCCAAGGUGACUGGUAUGCUAUUGGAGAUGGAUCAGACUGAGGUUUUGCAUUUGCUAGAGUCUCCAGAUGCUCUUAAGGCUAAAGUUGCAGAGGCUAUGGAAGUCCUGAGGAAUGUUGUGCAGCAGCAGGGUAAUGCUGCUGAGCAACUGGCUUCAUUGUCACUUAAUGACAACUUGGUAUUAUCUUAAGUUGCAGCCUCAUUGGAUGGUGUUUGCUCCUUUUGGUAGUUUAGGCUUUAGAUACUUUUUAAACAGCAACGUAACAUAUUUUGGUUCUUGUUCUGUUGUGUUGCUGACCAUCUUGUUGUUUUCUUUGUUUGGAUAUUUGUGAUACUUGUGAUACUCGAUCAUAGAUGUCUGUUUUUGACAUUGAAUCUACUUUGAGCUCUUGUCGUGCA